AUGGUCGAUAUCCUCUUCCCAGCGUGGAGAAGAAACUGUUCGGCCUCACCGCCAGCCAGCGAGCCUGCCAGCAAACCAGACCCUCCUACUUACCGCCUGAGCUUCGGCUUCAAAGGCACGCGCCGGUCGAACUGCUCAUCUUCCAGGAACGACACGUCAUCUCCCUCACCGACUACCAUGGACUACGUUGCUCGGCGGCGGAUUGCCGAUCUCAAUGCUCCAGAUGUUGCUGCGCCAUUCCAGGACUCCAGGAUCGAGCGUCCAGUCAUCAAGUGA